CUUUUAUAAUUAACCACCAGUGGCCUGAGUUUUGAUUUCGGAGUAGUGCGAGUCGGCCAAUCGACCUCAGCCAUACCUGCACGGCUGCUCACUCUUCGCCGCCAACCUCCGUUGCCGUCGCAGAUUGAGUUCACAGAGAUUGUUCUCCUUCUCUUACAACCUUCCAUCACUCUCACCGAUCCCAAUUCCGGUUUUAAACUUAGUGCGCCACCAAAUCCUCAAGCUCCAAGAUGUUUGGUUUUGGCAGAAUUGUUUCUAAUGCUGCUGUAUGUCUUCGUGAAAACUUAACAUUUCGCAGUGUGCAAGUACGAAAUAUAAACAUUGGAGGUGGUCUUGGAGGUGAGAUUCCAGAUAGCAAGCGUCUUCAGUAUGCUCUUCAGCAUAUCCACGGGAUUGGCCGUGCAAAAGCUCAUCACAUUGUGUGUGAGCUUGGAGUUGAGAACAAAUAUGUCAAGGACCUAAGCAAAAGAGAACUAUACUCUCUUCGUGAAUUGCUGGCCAAGUACUUGAUUGGAAAUGAUUUGAAAAAGUUAGUUGAGAGAGAUGUGGGAAGGUUGGUUGGUAUUCAAUGCUAUAGGGGGAUUAGGCAUGCCGAUGGUUUACCCUGUCGUGGACAGCGAACUCAUACAAAUUCCCGCACUAGGAGGACUAUGCGUACUUACGGAGGUUCAAGAUAAAUGCUGCUCAAGUAACAGAUGAGUUGUGUUACAGCUCUGCUUCGAGCUUAUUGAAAUAAGUUUUGUUAGACACUUGAUUACAUUAGUCAAAUCCACACACAUUGAUCUUUGUAUUAUCAAUUACCCUUGACAUGCUUAUUGGCUUAUCAUAGCUUUGCAAGAAUAUUAGUUAUAGUUUUUGCAUUGAUGCUGUCUUGCUGGAUUUUGUUUUUCUUAAUGAAUUGCUUUUUAUUCAA